ACAUCCGGGGAUUACCACUGACUCCGCCCACAUUCCGCUGACCCUCAGCAGCGCUGUAAAUAUGGCGGAGCCCUCCUUGGGGAGUUCAAGCCCAGAGAUGCUGUUGCCUGAUUAUGAUGAUGAUCAAACUCCUGAAGAUGAGGAGCUGCCAGAGGGAGACACUAACUUUGGCAAUGAGAUUGAAGAACUCGCAAAGGAGGGAGAAAUGCCCAUUCAGGAGCUCCUGAGCCUUUAUGGUUAUGCAGGCAGUGGAUCACCUGAGGAAGAGGAUGAGGAAUAUGAGGAAGAGGAUGCGGAUGGAGAUGAGGAGGAGGAUGAUGAUGAUGAAGGAGAGGAUAUGGAUAAUGAUGAAAGCAGCAGAAGCACUGGGGAACUGAAGAAGAGCAAGGAGGAUGGAGCAAAUGUAUCCACAAGAAUGACGAAUGAGAGCCACUCCGCUGAGAGUCGAGCUUGUGCAGUAAAAGCCUGUAACACAGCUGAACUCAUACGAUCACAGAACCGUGGCUACUUUCAGAAUAAUGAAGGUGAUGAAGAGUCAGAGGAGGAUGAUGACUAUAUUCCAUCUGAAGACUGGAAGAAAGAAAUCAUGGUUGGUUCCAUGUAUCAGGCAGAAACACCAUCUGGACUGUGCAAAUACAAAGACUGUGAGAAAGUGUAUGAAAAUGACGACCAGCUGCUGUGGAAUCCUGAAAUCCUUCCUGAAAACACUGUGGUUGAGUUUCUUACUGAAGCCUGUCGACGGACGGGAGAGGAGACGGGUGUAGAUGCUAUUCCAGAAGGAUCCCACAUCAAAGAUAAUGAGCAGGCAUUAUAUGAGCUGGUGAAAUGUAAUUUUGAUACAGAUGAAGCUUUACGAAGAUUAAGAUUUAACGUUAAAGCAGCCAGAGAGGAACUAUCUGUUUGGUCAGAGGAAGAAUGCAGGAAUUUUGAACAAGGAUUAAAAGCUUACGGAAAAGACUUUCAUUUUAUCCAGGCCAACAAGGUCAGAACUCGGUCUGUCGGAGAUUGUGUGGCUUUUUAUUACAUGUGGAAGAAGUCGGAGCGGUAUGAUUUCUUUGCGCAACAAACUAGGCUUGGGAAAAGGAAAUACAACCUUCAUCCAGGAGUAACGGAUUACAUGGACAGACUUCUAGAUGAAACGGAAAGCACUGCCUCCAGUCGGGCAGCCACGCCCCUUCCUGCCGCCUCCAGCAGCAGCACCAGCCAAUCAGAGCGAGAGGAGACUAGCGGCCACAACGGACUCACCAGUCACAGCUCCAGUGCAGUCGCCACACAGAUGUUGAUGAGUAGUGUGAAUGAGCUGAAGAGUGAAUCUGUUCAGUCAAACGGAGCAUCUAAACACAGUCUACUCGCAGAUCAUCUGGACUCCAACGGCUGUAACCUCACAGACACUCAUAACUCAGACAGAAAUGGCUCAGUGAAUCACCAACAUGACUGCCAGAGCCUAGACAGACCAACAAAAAAGUGCCGGACAGAAUCAGAGUCACUGGCCCAGGUUGAGACGGACCCUUCCAGGAUAAAAGAAGACUGAACAAGACCAAAGGUCAGGCCAAAAUCUUAAACUGGGGAGAUGGGACAGGGCUGUGACACCUCUCACCCUAUCCACCCUAAACCCAAAGCUGAGCUGCUCCAAAAACACCACCCUCCAAACCCAACCACAGCUGAUUAAUGCUCCUUUUUCAAGAAACCAUUUUACAGAGAAAUGUAUAUUCUAUAUGUAAUGGAAUUUUUCUGAUAUUUUUUUAUCAACAAGAUAUUUAUAUUUUUUAUUGAGACAUUUUGACAAUGGGUGAAUAUGCUGUAUAAGCCAUUAUACGUACCACAUGAGGAUGAAUGCUGGUGGGCGUGGUCUCUUGUGUUUAGGGCGGGGCCAGUAUGUCUCCAGGCAAAUCAAGUUGCGUUUUGGUUUACAUUAUAUACUAAUGUUUCACUGGUCAGCUGGUUUGUGUUAGCGGAGGCACACUGCGAGCUCCCCACAGAUGUAGUCAAAAUAAAUAAGCCAAUGGAAUCACUCCUAAGCUUUGUGUUUGUAAAGCGUCCAGAAAAUUGGUUUGUUAGUUGUAUUUUCUAUUAACUGAGUGAAUCUGUUUACUUUUCAUUGUUUUGUUUUUUGUUGGUGUUUUUAAUAGUGUAAAGGAAAUGAAGCCCAUUUUUGGGACCAUUAUUUAGCAUCAUACCUAAAGGCAUCUAAUUUUAGUCAUUCUCAUUCAUUUCUCAUAGAUUACUGACAUUGAGGAAAAAUAUCACCCAGUCUGGACACAAUAAUUGAUUUAAAACUACAACUGCCAUAAAUAAAGACGAAGACAAGUAAAACAAUUUUUUUUAAUACAACCGUAAUAUACAAUUACUUUUCUAUGUACAUAUUUUCACAUUAAUGUAAUAAGAAUAUUCAAAAAUGUUAUAGCUCUAAAAUGGGCUUCGUUUUCUUUGAGCAAAACAUAAUUUAUUUCUUUUGGAAAUUAAAAAUGAUUAGAGGGCAUGUUAUUGACGUGGGCAUUUCUCUUUGU